AUGGCAUCAUUGCUGCAGGAUGCAGUGACGGUAAGAUUCGUGCCUACUCCGCCAAGAGAUCAGCUGCGAGUCAUGUGGGGACAUCGUCUGGCUGUUUCUCAUCUCUUCUUUAAUGGUAAGACAAUCGCUAGUGCUGCAAUACCAAGAGAAGAUUUUCAAUACCCUGCAGAAAACGAGAUUUUGGUCUGGAAUGCUGCAGACGGAGCCUCUCGUUGUAUCCUGAAGGGAGGCUCGAAUCUGAAUCACCUGGACUACAAGGACGGGAUCACAGCAGGGGUGUACGCUGACAAUAAAGUUCGGGUUUGGGAUGUACGCAAUUGUUCUCGCUUGCAUGCGAUCUAUUCUGGUGUGUCAUCUCAGAGAUGCCUUCGUAAAGAUCUGGAAUCUGAAAUCAGGGAAGUGCGUCAAGAUGUUUGA